UGUUGUCGGUUUUUGCAUUUAUCGGGGAAAUGAUGUAAUAAAUGGAUGAAACGGUGAAACUUUUGAAGGACCAGCAUGCUCGGCUAUGUUUUGGCGGCGUGUGUGGCGCUGGCGGCGUUCGUCAUUCCUCGGGACUGGUCGGAAACACUCGGACUGGGCUCAGACCCUGAGCAGCCGUCUGCAGCCGCGCGGCUGCUGAGCAGCAGGGAGUUAUCGGAGUAUGACGGAGCGGAGGGCAGCCCGGGCCUCUACCUGGCCAUCCUGGGACAGGUGUUCGAUGUGCACGAGGGACGCAAACACUACGGACCCGGAGGAGCUUAUCACGGCAUGGCAG